GCGCGCCUCCGUCAUCGCUGAUCCCGCCCCCUGUCGCGGAAUCGCGACUCCGCCCCAUCCGCAACCUUCGGCCAUUGGCUUCUGAGGGUUGAUGGAAAAUUUCUCUCCAAGGACUCUGCUCAAUAGUAUCUCACGCCUCAGUGUCUUAACUUAUGAUGGCUCUACUACAAGGCCCAAACCUAUCCAGAAGUACUGCCAAAAUGUAUGUGAUAUCUCAAGCAUUGUGAGUCCUCUCAUAGAAGAUAUAUGCAAGUCUCCUGAAGAUCAGCUCUAUGAGGUAUUAAUAGAGCUUGACACUGCUAUUAACGAAGCUUCAGGGCUUAUUGGGAACUGGCACCAAACGACCAGCAAAAUAUAUUUUGUUUCUCAAAUUGAAUCAGCGAUCUCGGAUAUUCAGGGAUGCUCCCUUCAGUUGUGCCAGCUUGCUAAUUCUUUAUUACCUUCUCUGACUGGCUGUGCUUGCAUUUGUAUUCAGAAACUCGAGGACAUAAAUUAUGAGCACGUGUUUGAUUUGGCGAAGGAGGUCGCAAUGGAGCUAACUGGGAGGGGGACUCAAAGUCCUGCAAACCUGCCGAUAAUAUCAAGUGCGUUAAGUCUGUCAACUAACCUUGAACUAUACAUGGAAGCUGUUUCACUUGAGAAUCUCAGAACAAGGGCAAUGCGAAGUGAUAACCGCAAUGAACUUGAUCUAGUUGAGAAGAUGAUUCCAAUGGUCAACUAUAUGCAUGAGCGCCUUCUCAAGGAAACACAAUUGCUUAACAUCAACGGGGUGCCUAUUCCUGCUGAUUUUUGUUGCCCGCUUUCCCUGGAGCUGAUGUCUGAUCCGGUUAUUUUAGCAUCUGGUCAGACCUAUGAGCGGGUUUAUAUCAAGUUGUGGCUCGAUGAGGGUUUUACCAUCUGUCCAAAGACGCGCCAAAGACUUGCGCAUUCUAAUUUAAUUCCUAACUAUACUGUGAAAGCUUUGAUAUCUAACUGGUGUGAGUCACAUGACAUUAAGCUACCUGAUCCCGUGAAAUCCUUGAAGUUGAACUUUCCUUCAGUAGCCCCAUUCAUUCAAGAUUUGAGCGCGACAGGCAAUAGCCCUCUGCAUCCUAGUGUUGUGGGUAGGGGUAAUAUUCCUGGGUCCCCAGAAGCUGACCUGUAUAUGAGAAGCUUGAAUAGAGCAUCUCCUCCCCACAGUGUGGCCCAUCAGAGCUCUGAUGUACAUGUGAACCGCCCCGGUCAUGAGGCCUCCACUAAUCAGCCUUCAGAUUAUGCAAAUGGCUCUGCGCCAGAUAUUGCAAGGCUAUCUCUUGCAAGUUCUGAAGCAAGAGAGUCUAGUUUGGAAGAAAGACAUGCUGGUUCAAAUGUACAAAUUUCAGAUCAUUCUACAGAGGAUGCAUCUCAUCUGAACGGUGAUACACACGACCAUCUAGGCAGUUCUUCGGUUAAUGGUAGUCUUCCUAAUAGUGGCCAGCUUGAUGGGGAUGGUGACAUCGACAAUGGGAUGAUGCGAGUUUCAAGUGAUAGGACAAACUACAGCAGUGAUGCAUCUGGGGAGGUUGCUGACGGUGGGCCUUCUGCCUCUUCUAUCCCUCAAAGGGAAAAUGUAAUCCUGCCAAGAUUGGGCAUGAGAGGCCAAUUUGUUCGGCGGCAAGCAUCUGACAGGGGAUUCCCCAGAAUAAUAUCUUCCUCAUCCAUGGAUGCUCGGGGUGAUCUUUCUGCCAUCGAGAAUCAGGUACGCAAACUAAUUGAUGAUUUGAGAAGUGAUUCCGUGGAAGUUCAGAGAUCAGCAACAUCAGAGAUUCGCCUUCUAGCUAAGCAUAACAUGGAGAACAGGAUUGUCAUUGCAAAUUGUGGGGCUAUAAACUUGUUGGUUGGUCUUCUUCCUUCACCAGAUGCCAAAAUCCAAGAAAAUGCAGUGACAGCCCUCCUCAAUUUGUCGAUCAAUGAUAACAAUAAGAUUGCCAUUGCAAGUGCAGAGGCUGUUGAUCCUCUCAUCCAUGUUCUGGAAACAGGGAACCCUGAAGCUAAAGAGAAUGCGGCAGCUACUUUAUUUAGCCUCUCAGUUAUUGAAGAAAACAAAAUAAGGAUUGGACGAUCUGGUGCUGUCAAGCCUCUCGUGGACUUGCUGGGAAAUGGGACCCCACGAGGAAAGAAAGAUGCAGCUACUGCAUUGUUUAAUUUAUCCAUACUUCAUGAGAAUAAGGGUCGCAUUGUGCAAGCUGAUGCUGUAAGGCACCUAGUUGACCUUAUGGAUCCUGCUGCUGGAAUGGUUGACAAAGCUGUAGCUGUCUUGGCAAAUCUUGCUACUAUACCAGAAGGGAGGACUGCCAUUGGGCAGGCGCGUGGUAUUCCAGCCCUUGUUGAGGUUGUCGAACUGGGUUCAGCGAGAGGGAAGGAAAAUGCUGCUGCGGCGUUGCUUCAGCUAUGCACAAACAGCAACAGGUUCUGCAGCAUAGUACUUCAAGAGGGUGCUGUGCCCCCUUUAGUCGCACUGUCGCAGUCAGGAACACCGCGAGCAAGAGAAAAGGCACAGGCUCUUCUCAGCUAUUUCCGCAGCCAAAGACAUGGGAGCUCAGCAAGGAGAUGAUCUCACCAUAACUUUUUGUAGUGUACAUUGAGGCAUUUCCGCGGGCUCCUCAAAUGGCGGUUAUUGUUGUUGACUGACGCUGUGUACUGUUUAUAGUCAGAUUGGGAUUGUGGGUAUUGUGGUGGUCGUCAUUGUUGUUGAGAUGGUGUACUUUUCGGGUGUUUAUCUUUUUGUAUAGCUUGCCCAUUGGUGAUUAUCGCUGAGGUUUUGUUCUGUACAUGCUGUGAUUCACACCUUUGAUUUAUUGCCUGCAGUAUUUAACAUUC